AUGCAUCCUUCUAUCAUAUGCGCGACAACUCUUGUGCAAGAUCUUACAUCUCGGAGAGUCCUUUUCGUCUGUUACGUUCAGAUAAGUUCUCUCCAACACAAUUCAUUUCUCUGCCAAUCAACAAAAGGUUUCGCAAGGAUGCGUCCCUUAUUCAACUGCAAUCUUGAGUUCAACAUUGCCAAGAAGCAAACGUUGAAGCAGCCUUGCGUAUGGUCAUAUUUUGUUAUCGUGGGAUGCAAGCCUAACCUUUGCGGCAGUUUUGUGUUGAUAAGGAUGAUCUGUGGUCAAACUCGUGACUGCCACCCGAAGCUGUUGAACACUCUUGAAGAUUUUGGCGAUUUAGGAUGCUAUAAAAGAAGCAGUUCCAGUCCUCAUCAAGCUCAGCCACCCCAUCUCAUCAGCUUCCUCUCCAACUGAAGCAAGAAUCAGAAGCAAGAAUCAAACAGACGUCCAGCAAGCUCGUAUCUCACAUUUGCCCUUGCUACCAUGAUUCGUACAGGAACAUUUUUACUUUUGGCCCUUCUGGCCCUGUUCGCAGUCGCUUUCGCCGUAGACGUUCCCGUGGAAGGCGAUCUCACCGAGCAGAAUGACAUUGAAGAAGACAUGGAUGUGGCGGAACGUUCUUAUUAUCGAUACUGCCCUAAAAAAUGCUACAAGUCCUACCACGCUGCCUAUAAGCGCUGCUACAAGUACCCGUACUGCAAGGUUACAUAUGGUUGCAAGUACUCUUACCACUACCACAAGUAUGCUAAGGGAUACUACUGCAAGUACUACUAUUCAGGUGGCUAUUACCCCAAGAAGCCGCAUUACUAGAGGGGUUUCUUUUCUGGUAGUGAUCUUCUUCUUAGGCUAUCUGUCCGUUGUCAGCGGUGGUUGAAGCUCAAGUUGAGAAGUGUCCCGUUAGAAGUGAGAAUCCCCUUUCUGAAGCGUGGACGCUUGGAGAAUAGCUAUGAAGAGUGUACUCGCUUCUGGUGAGUUUGAUCUUUGAGAUCGAGCGUCGCUGUUGUCUGCAAUAAAAAAAAGUUGCUAAAAUCUCUGAUUGCCUGCGGCUCAUCUGUGUGUCCAUUUAUCUUCGGGUGGACAAACACCAGAUAUAAUUUU